AUGUCCUGGUCGCAAAAGACUUUCUCACUGCCCGCUCAGUCCCGCGGGGCUUACCUGAUUACGGACAUCGUGAUGAACGAGGUGCCGGAGAUUAAGCAGUAUAAAGUGGGCUUGCUGAAUUUGUUCAUUCAGCAUACGAGCUGUGCUUUGAGUCUGAAUGAGAAUUGGGAUCCGGAUGUGAGACUGGACAUGAGCGAUACCCUCGAUCGCAUCGUGCCCGAGGCGACGGACAAGAACCCGGACUUGUACCGUCACGCCGACGAGGGCCCGGAUGAUUUCCCUGCUCACGUCAAGUCUUCGCUGAUUGGCACUAGCGUUACGAUUCCCAUCAAGAACGGGAAGCUGGCCACCGGCACAUGGCAAGGCAUCUGGUAUCUCGAGUUCCGCGCUCACAAGCACAGGCGCAACAUAGUAGCCACCAUCCAGGGAGAAAAGGAAAAGUAG